AUGAGAGUACUCCAAGAGAAACUAAAAGAUCUUUCCAGGGAACUUAGCCACUGGUCCAAAACUUCUAUAGGGGAUAUUUAUGAAAAGGUCAAAUUCUAUGAAAAGAUUGUGAAAGACAAAGAAAACAUCAUGGAUGCUGACCCGAGUGAGAAGAUCAGGCAAGAUUUGAAUAAGAUGGCUGCUGAAUACACCAGAUAUUUAGGGCUUCAAAGUAGCAUUUUACAACAAAAGGCAAAUCUUCAAUGGAAAGAAGAAGGGGACUCUUGCUCUAAAUAUUUUUUUAGUGUCAUCAAACAAAAGAGAAGAAGAAAUUAUAUCCAUAGAAUCCAGGAUGAAAAUGGAUAUUGGAUAGAAGAUCCCAAUGACAUAGGAAAUACUGUUGUCCGGUUUUACAGUAAUCUCUUUAGCAAUGACAGUCAACAGAAUGGAGAUGAUUUUGGAGCUCUCAAUCAACUCCAUAGUAUCAUCAGUCGUGAGGACAACGAAAUGCUCACCAGAAUGCCUGAAGAAGAGGAGAUCUUUGGUUUCAUUAGUGAUAGAUUAAUCACAGAGAAUGUUAUCCUUACUCAGAAAAUUGUUCAUAAUAUGAGCAAGAACAAAAAAAAGGAGAACAUGAUCAUAAAGCUUGACAUGGAGAAAGCCUAUGACAGAGUGUCCUGGGCUUUUCUAUAUGUGGUUCUUGAGAAAAUGGGUUUUAAUGAUACCUUCAUUGACAUUAUCAGAAGACUUGUUGAAAAUGCAUGGUAUUCUGUUAUGAUAAAUGGAGAUAGAAAGGGAUUUUUUCACUCGUCUAGGGGACUCAAACAGGGAGACCCCCUAUCACCUUCUCUCUUUGUAAUCUCUGCUGAAAUUCUAUCUAGAAUGCUUAAUAAUCUUUUUGACAACAGGAAAUACACUGGUUUCACCAUGGAAGCAAAGGGACCACAAAUAAACCAUCUUGCAUACACAGAUGAUGUGGUUAUUUUUACCUCAUGGAAGGAAAAGUCUCUGAGAAGGGUUAUGAGGCUGCCCUAUUUUUACAGGAAGGAAAAAGAUAUGUUAUUUCACAUAGAUGACCACCAAGAUUUUAAAGAAAGCUGGGGCUUGGCAAGGAAAUCUAUUGUCAUUUGGAGGGAAACUGUCAUUAUCCAACAAGUCCUGCAGUCACAGACUAUGCACCUACUUGCUGCUAUAUCUCCUCCUAAAUAUGUUUUGACUCAAAUAGAGAAAUAUUUACAAGAUUUCUUCUGGGGCGAAAAAGAGGGUAAGAAGAAACAUUACUGGGCAGCCUGGAAAUAUCUUUGCUAUCCAAAGGAUGAAAGUGGUGCUGGUUUCAAGAGCCUAGUUGAUAUUCAGACAUCUUUCGCUAUGAAAAGGUGGUGGAGACUUAGAAUAGAAGAUAACUUGUGGACUAAGUUCAUGAAUGCUAAAUAUUGUAAAAGAGUUAACUUGGUAGCAAGAAAGUGGACAUCAGGACAAUCACAAAGCUGGAAGGAACUCAUGCUGAUCAAGCAAGACUCAGAACCUCACAUGCUAUGGCAAAUUAAUAAAGGGAACGUUUUGUUUUGGUGGGAUAAUUGGAUUGGUCUUGGCCCAUUAUCCAUGUUCGUUAACAGAGACAUUGCCGUUGGAAAUACUCAAGUUAAGGAGCUUAUCAUAGAAAACAGAUGGAACAACGAGAGAUUGCAGACGAUGCUUAAUACCGACGGUAGCUCAAUGAGCAGAGCCAACAAAGCAGGUGGAGGGGGCAUCCUCAGAGAUCAUCAUGGGAAUCUAAUUAUGGCCUUCACUGCCUCUAUGAAUUUCUGCUCUAACAACAUGGCUGAAACUCAAGCAGCUAAUUGUGGCUUGAAAUGGUGUCAACAGAACAAUAUUCACCCGCUUAUUCUUGAGAUGGACUCCAAAAUAGUGGUGGAUAUGAUUAAUGGUACAAGCAAACCAACCUGGAAGCUUCAACACUGGAUUGCCGAGAUUCAGGAUAAAGUACUCUCAAAGCUAAGGUGA